AUGACAAACGAUGAUGAUAAUGAGAAUCGAAUUUUGUUUUCAGGUAUAUUCGCGUAUUUGAAUUACUUGACUCCGAAAUCUCGACGCGAAAUCCUCGAAAUAUUAGUCAAUGGAUUGAAAAGGUUAGAAUAUCGAGGAUACGAUUCCGCGGGAGUCGCAGUCGACAAAUCAUCCGGUAAAGAUGUGACGAUAAUAAAGCAAAGCGGAAAAGUUGCGGCUUUGGAAAACGCCAUCAAUGCCAGCGAUCUCGAUUUCGACGAAAUAAAUCGCGUGCACGUCGGAAUUGCUCACACGCGUUGGGCCACUCACGGAGCACCAUCCUCCGUCAAUUCUCAUCCUCAGAGAUCGGACGACGAUCAUCAAUUCGUCGUCGUUCACAACGGCAUCGUCACCAAUUACAAAGACGUCAAAACUUUCCUCAUGCAAAAAGGUUACAAAUUUGAAUCGGAAACGGAUACGGAAGUCAUUGCGAAAUUGGUUCAUCACAUUUACAUGCAAAAUGAAAAACUCAGCUUUCGGGAAUUGGUGGAACAAGUCAUUCAACAAUUGGAAGGUGCUUUUGCGUUGGCAUUCAAAAGCAAACACUUUCCCGGAGAAUGCGUCGCGACGAGACGAGGUUCUCCGCUUUUAGUAGGAAUCAAAGCCAAAACAAAACUCGCUACCGAUCACAUUCCCAUCCUAUACGGAAAAGAUCAUCGUCCGAGAAAUUCCAAUUCGAACACCAUGGGAGUCCCUCUCACAUUACCAAGAUCGGAUUCGACCGCCGAAUUUCAACCGAUCGAAGACAAAGAAGUUGAAUAUUUUUUCGCAUCCGAUGCUUCGGCCGUCAUCGAACACACCAACCGGGUGAUAUUUUUAGAAGAUGAUGAUGUGGCUGCCGUUAAGGAAGGAUCUCUAAGCAUUCACCGUUUGAAAAGAUCUUUGGAUGAUUCUCACGCGAGAGAAAUCACGACUCUCAAAAUGGAAAUCCAACAGAUAAUGAAAGGAAACUACAGUUCUUUCAUGCAAAAGGAAAUUUUCGAACAAUCCGAAUCCGUCGUGAACACGAUGAGAGGAAGAGUUAAUUUCGACACCAACACCGUCACGUUGGGAGGAAUAAAAGAUUACAUUCCGGAAAUAAAAAGGUGCAGGAGGCUCAUGAUGAUAGGUUGUGGGACUUCGUAUCACAGCGCCAUAGCGACGAGACAACUUUUGGAAGAGCUCACGGAAUUACCGGUCAUGGUGGAACUCGCAUCGGAUUUCCUCGAUAGAAACACUCCAGUUUUCAGAGAUGACGUUUGUUUUUUCAUCUCGCAAUCUGGUGAAACCGCGGAUACUUUGAUGGCUCUCCGUUUUUGCAAAUCCCGUGGAGCUCUCAUCAUAGGAAUAACGAACACGGUCGGUAGUUCCAUUUGUAGAGAAUCCCAUUGCGGGGUUCACAUAAACGCGGGCCCCGAAAUCGGUGUCGCAUCAACCAAAGCAUACACAUCACAGUUCAUAUCUUUGGUCAUGUUCGGUCUCGUCAUGAGCGAAGACAGGAUAUCAAUGCAGAAUAGGAGGAGAGAAAUCAUAAACGGAUUGAAGACAUUGGAUGAAAAAAUCCGCGAGGUUUUAUCUCUCGAUUCUCAGGUUUAUCACAUCGCAAAAGAUUUAUACCAGCAAAAAUCACUUCUCAUAAUGGGUCGAGGAUAUAAUUUUGCCACGUGUUUAGAAGGAGCUUUGAAAGUGAAAGAAUUGACUUACAUGCACAGCGAGGGAAUCAUGGCGGGUGAAUUGAAACACGGUCCUCUCGCACUUGUCGACAAAGCCAUGCCCGUCAUAAUGAUCGUCACGCGGGAUCCCGUUUACGUCAAGUGCAUGAACGCAUUGCAACAAGUCACGGCGAGAGACGGACGUCCGAUAUUGAUCUGCGAAAAAGACGAUGCGGAAACGGCGAGCAUGGGUUAUAAAACAUUGGAAAUCCCACACGUCGUCGAUUGUCUUCAGGGUAUUUUAACGGUUAUACCGAUGCAACUUCUUUCCUAUCACAUAGCCGUUCUCAAGGACUGCAACGUGGAUUGUCCGAGAAAUUUGGCCAAAUCCGUGACGGUGGAAUGA